AUGGACUCGGAGAUCGUGUCGCCUAUUAUUGCUUUAGAAUUAUAUGAGUACACAAAACUAUACCAGAAGUCAGUCUCAGAUCCCGAAGGCUUUUGGAUGGAAAUCGCGAAUCACUUCUUCUGGAAGCGAUGGCCACAAGAAGUAGAGGUCGUGUCCUAUAAUUUCGAUGUGACUAAAGGACCCGUUUGUGUCAAAUGGUUAGAUGGAUGUCAAACCAAUAUGUCUUACAAUGUCUUGGAUUUGUGCGUCAAUAAAGGACUCGGAGAUCGUGUCGCCUAUUAUUGGGAAUCCAAUGAUGAUAAAUCACACAAACAAAUCACUUACAAUGAGUUACUGCGCGAUGUCUGCAAAUUUGCAAAUGUGUUGAAAGGGUUGGGCAUUAAAAGGGGUGAUAGAGUGGCCGUAUAUAUGUCGGUAACCAUAGAGUUGGUCACUGUUAUGCUGGCCUGCGCUCGCAUCGGUGCCAUUCACUCUGUCAUUUUCGCCGGAUUCUCGGCCGAAGCUCUGGCCGACCGUAUAAUAGACGCCAAUUGUGUAGUAUUAGUGACUUCUGACGGCGCCUUUCGGGCCAACAAAUUCAUACCAUUGAAAUCAAUCGCCGACUCAGCACUCAAUCUAUGCCAACGAAUGAAACACAAAGUGAUGGCCUGUAUUGUGAACCCACACCUGAAUCUCAAUAGAAAUAACGUAAAGGAUGUCAAUAAUAAUUGCAUUAAUGAUAAUUCAGGGAUUAAUUGGAACCCAAAUGUGGACAUCCUAUGGACUGAUGUAAUGGCAAAUGCUUGCGAUUAUUGCGAACCCGAAUGGAUGGAGGCUGAAGACCCACUGUUCAUACUUUAUACCAGUGGAAGUACGGGAAAGCCUAAAGGGAUUGUCCACACAAUCGGCGGUUAUCUCCUCUACUCUUACAUAACAUUCAAAUAUGUCUUCAAUUACACCGACGGAGACGUGUUUUUCUCGACGGCCGACUUGGGAUGGAUGGCCGCCCACACGUUCAACGUUUACGGAGCGCUCGCCAACGGGUGCUCUGUUGUGCUCUUUGAGGGCACUCCCGUCUACCCAAACCCGGGCCGACUCUGGCAUAUAAUCGAUAGACUCGGCGUUAAUAUCUUUUAUACGGCGCCGACUACUAUACGAUCCCUAAUGAGAUUUGGCGACCAAUACGUCAAACAAUACAGUCGACAGUCGCUGAAAGUGUUGGGAACUGCCGGCGAACCCAUUAAUCCCGAGGCCUGGCAGUGGUUUUGGGAUGUGGUCGGCGAUCGUCGGUGUCCUGUCGUUGACAACUACUGGCAAACAGAGACUGGGGGCCCAAUGAUUACGUGUUUACCCGGUGCUACACCUAUGAAGCCCGGAUCGGCUACCCUUCCCUUCUUCGGUGUUAUACCGGCGAUACUGGACUCCGAGGGCAGAGAACUGGAGGGCCCGGCUGUGGGACAGUUGGUGUUUAAGAAGCCUGCCAUCGCUUCCAGAAGAAGUGAUUCGCGAUUUCCAUCCAAAAGCCUUCGGGAUCUGAGACUGACUUCUGGUAUAGUUUUGUGUACUCAUCGAUGGACGAGAUGUGAGCCGUCGAGCGGUACUCUUCCGACGCAUAAUAGACACCAUCGCUGGGGUUGUCGUCGAUAG